CGCUAGAGCGCGGUAGUGACGUCACGUCACGCCGCGCCGGAAGGGGCGGAGCUUCAGUUCAGCUGAGCGACGUGUUCUAAUCACACUGUUAGCGGUCCAUUCAUCGCUCGAGACAUGGUUUUAUUAGAAAACGACGCGUUUCUGACUGAACUCACUCGGUUGUUCCAGAAGUGCAGGACCACCGGAAGCGUCGUCAUCACUUUAAAGAAAUAUGACGGCAGGACAAAGCCGGUCCCCAGAAAAGGCCAUCCAGAGACACACGAACCGGCCGACAACAAGUGUCUCGUCAGAGCAUCAGACGGCAAGAGCAAAAUCAGCACAGUGGUCACCAGCAAAGAAGUUAUCAAAUUUCAAAUGGCGUAUUCAAACUUGUUGCGAGCGCACAUGGACGGCUUGAAAAAGAAAGACAAAAAGAGUAAAGGCAAGAAAACUAAAGCCACAUAGAAUCCGACCCUCGCCAGUGCCACCUUCCCAUGAUCCUCUGACAACCUUCCACGUCUGUAAACCAAGCGCACAGAUGACGCAGAGCUCGUUUACGACUCGAUCCUAGGUUUAAUGAGCGUUUCUGUCUUCUUCAGCUGGAGAUGAGAUGCAUCGUGUCCAUCAGUUUAUAUCUCGAGCCAUAUUUUGAUUUCAAAACAGUGUUUUAUAUUGAAGAGUGAAUGAAGAUUACAGUCAGUAACUUACAGUCUCCUCCUGUUGUAAUAAUGUUUGUUUUCUUUUUUCUCAUUGAGUCAGAUGAUAUUUUUAAGUUUGAAAGAAGCUGAAAGUUUGAGUUUUCUUAUUUGGCCUCAAUUAAAAAGCACCCUUGUAGAUUUGCAAAUAAAAGAUGACGUUUAUUCACUGGUUUGAUCAUGAGAAGAUCUGAGAAUCACGAUCUUGUACAGGAAACAUCUUCAGAAGAGAUGUGAAGCUCGUGUACUGUAAUAAAAAUAAAUACGGUAUGUACA